AUGUCGCAAAAUUUAUCCGGUGAAACUCAACUACCCAGCCUCAAUGUCCUGGGGACAGAAACACGGGAGACUCUUCGAGUAUCGAGAGUGACGGAAAGCUGUCCACCCCUUGAUGUAAACUAUCCUGAACUUGGGCGUCCGGCAGAUCCCCUCUUCCCGGAAGAAUACACCGUCGAGACGCAAACUGGCUUGGUUCCAGUCAGGACCCUUGAGAGAAUCCGGUCCUCUGCCACCGGAGGACGACGGCCUUCAGCUCCCACUGUUGAAAAAGCGGGUAAGCCGUAUGAGUUUGUGACUUUCCAGAUUAACGACCCGGCAAACCCGUUAAAUUGGUCUCGUCUGUAUCGUUGGUAUAUCACGAUGGUCGUAUCGGCCCUAGUUGUCUGCAUCGCAUAUGGCUCUGCUAUUGUCACUGGGGGUCUGAGCUUGAUUGAAGAAAAGUAUCACGUCUCCCUGGAAGUGGCUAUCCUGACAUGUUCCAUCAUGGUUUGCGGAUUUGCCGUGGGCCCGUUGCUUUGGUCUCCGUUAUCGGAGAUUAUUGGCCGACGACAAGUAUAUAUUAUCUCGCUGGCUCUAUAUACCGUCUUUCAGAUCCCGUGCGCCCUGUCGCCAAACAUCGGCGGCCUCCUUGCCUGCCGGUUCCUGUGCGGCGUCUUUUCCAGUUCCGGUCUUUCUCUGGCCGGCGGCACCAUCGCGGACAUCUGGAACAUCGAAGAACGGGGCAUGGCCAUUGCCUACUUUGCUGCCGCACCGUAUUGCGGCCCUGUCAUUGGUCCCAUAGUCUGCGGUUGGAUCAAUGUCGGCUCACACAGGCUCGAUCUCUUCUUCUGGACCAAUAUGGCUUUCUCAGGAGUAAUAAUGGUUAUCGUUGGGCUCAUCCCAGAGACAUAUGCCCCGGUCAUCCUCAAACGCCGUGCAAAGAAACUCCGCCAGGAAACCGGGAACACGAAUAUCAUCACGGAGCAGGAGCAAGUAAGGCCGACUUUCCGCGACAUCGUCCGCAUCAGUCUCAUCCGGCCCAUCACGAUGAUUUUAACCGAGCCUGUGCUGGAUUUGAUGUGCAUGUAUAUCGUGCUCAUCUACGCCUAUCUUUACGCCUACUUCUUCGCCUACCCCGUCAUUUUUGGCAAGCUAUACGGGUACAAUGAUGGCCAGAUCGGCCUCAUGUUCAUUCCUAUCUUAAUCGGCGCGGGCUUCUCGCUCCUCAUCACCCCCAUGAUUGAGAGACAGUUUAAGCGAGUAUGUCGGACGCGGGCGCCCACGCCUGAAGAUCGACUUGUUGGGGCCCUACUCGGUGCACCAUUCAUCCCCAUUGCGAUGUUCAUUCUCGGCGCGACGUCGUUCAAGCAUAUCAUCUGGGUCGGUCCUGCGUCAUCGGGCAUCGCAUUUGGAUUCGGAAUGGUGCUGUGCUACUACGCGGUGAAUAAUUAUAUCAUCGACUCGUACCAGAAGUACGCGGCGUCGGCGCUGGCCGCGAAAGUGUUCUUGCGAUCAGGUGGCGGAGCUGCGUUUCCGCUGUUCACAACACAGAUGUAUGAGCGGCUGGGUCUACAAUGGGCGUCGUGGCUAUUAGCCUUUAUUGGAGUGGCUAUGGUGUUUGUUCCAUAUGGGUUUUAUUGGUUUGGGGAAAGGAUUAGGGCCAAACUGACUCGUAAAUGA